UAGUGUGGAGUUACUAACUCCCAAUUAUUGAGUGCUGAGGCGAGGCGCCUACCCCUGCUGAUACGCUACGGUAUGCUGCUGGUCUGCCGCAGCCCGCGUCGCAGAAUUGGUUCUGAAGAGGCGGAGUAAUCAUCGAUUCGGACUAGUACUUUUGACCGGAAUUUGUCAAGAAGGGCGUCCUUCGAACUUCAUGCUUGAGUUCCUUUCUCAUUUUCUUUCUUUAAGCCUGUACGACCAGUCCGUCAUUUUCUUCUCUAUUUGAAGUUCCGCCUACCAUGCCUUCCAAGAAACUGUCUAACGAUGGCCGCCCGGACGACGCACUGUCCCUCCAUACCAACCCAGAUCUCGAACCCGAGCCGUACCGCGAUGAUGCCGCCGACGAUGAUACUCCUGAUAUCGGAGACCUUCCACCUGCAUACACUGACGAUCUGAUACCCCAGCCCGAUAAUUUUGUCUCUGAACUGAAGCCGUUCGGAGUGUCGGAUUCUAGCAACAGCGCGGCAUACUAUAUCAAUCAGCGUCUCGACGCCGACCCCGCCUUCCUCGAGCGUGCCGUGAAUCGUUGGGCGAAAACUCCACCGCGACCAUUUGUCCAACUUCGCGGCACGCACAAGGAGCACAAGGAGACCAAGGACAAUGGGAAGAAACGCGUAGACGUCGUAGAUUUCGAUAUCAAGAUCGACUUGACACCCUAUCUGUAUACGGACCCCAAGUGCGACCGGGCGUGGACCUCGAUGCGGACCGUCGAGAACACCGAGAAGACGCACCGUGGGACCGUUUGGCGAAAGCGUGGGGCGGGAGCCAAGCAGGAUAUCGAGGUUGGCGGGAGCGCGAAGCCGAGCUUGAAAGAAUGGUGCCACCGAUACUGCGCAUCUCAUGCACGCCUACGAAGCUUUCGCGUGACGAGGACCGUCACUGGACUCGAUAACAAGCUUCUUUGCCGGUCACUCGAGGCGCUGGUUCGCCAAACCAAUUAUAGGGGCCAUCUCUCCAUCACGUUCCCCCUCGAGCAGAACGCCGUCGAAGUGUAUUCGGAUGCCCAUAUCAAUCACUGGCGCUUGACAUUCUGGAUCUGCUGGAUCUUCUACUUCACGCUCUUAUUCAUUUUCACCUGGCCGGCACUCUUCUUCGCCACGAAGCGCUACGCGGUAGUUAUCGUUGAGUGGCCGUUUUCCCGAAUGGACGACGCAGGUCGGAAGAAGUACGUCUCGGUCAGUGAGGAGUCGUGGCUCUUGCAGUGGAACCGCGCGGUUUUCAAGGCCAUUAUGGCGAAACGCCAAGGCGUCCUGGAUCAGCAGGAUCUGCUUCAGUCACAUCUGCCAGAUCCGGAAGUCGAUACCGGAAAUCGAGCUAUUGAUGGAGCUGUUGGACUUCUUGCUGCCGGAGUCAAUGCUUAUGCUGAAGUCAACAGGCGUCUCGGAUGGGGACAGGACCGCUGAAUGUCUUGGGGAAGACUCCUGUUCUGCCAAAGUUAUGGUGUCAAUUAUGCAACAAUUUGGCUUGGGAUGCGCUUCGUUUUAGCGGCAUUCGAUUUUCCCGACGGCGUAGUUCCUGGUUCAAGUUCGUUUGGGUUUCUACUCGUCCUAGCCUUCGGAUCCAGAUGUUAUCGUCAUGAGUGUCAUUACCUUACAU